AUGGGCGUCUUCUACGAAACCAUACCGAACAGCCUCAUCCCAUGGAUCAAAGAACAGCAAAUGCUCUGGGUAGGCACCGCGCCCCUCUCAGGCGACGGCCACAUCAACAUCUCACCGAAAGGAGGUCAGAACUUUGGCGUCCUGAAUGAACGAACGUUUUGGUACAUGGAUCUUACCGGUAGCGGAGUAGAAACACAUGCGCAUCUUCACGAGCCAGGCAAUGGUCGUAUUUGCGUCAUGUUCAUGGCCUUUACCGGUCCCCCAAAAAUCGUGCGUAUCUGGGGCGAAGGCCGCGCCAUCGAGAACGGAACCCCAGAAUACGAAAGCUUCAUACGAGAACAUAAGGUCGAAACCAUACCCGGUUCCCGCAGCAUCAUCAUGGUAGAUGUGCACCAAUGCGGCACAUCCUGCGGCUUCAGCGUCCCCUACUACGACUUUGUUAGCCACCGCGACAUUCUGAACGAACACUUCAGAAAGAAAGACGCCAAAUACCAAGCUGGCGACGAGAAAGAAUCGAUGGACUACUACUGGGCGUGGAAGAGUCAAUUGAGCAUUGAUGGGUUACCUGGGAUGAGGAGGGGGUAUGAUUUUGCGCAGAGGAAUGGGGUGCAGCCGUUGAAGAAGAUGGUGGGGCCGUAUGCGCCUGGGGGGAGGGGCAGGAGGGAUGGGGAUGGGAGGGUGGAGGUGUUGUGGUUGUUUGUGGUUUUGUUGUUGGGGAUUGUUAUUGGUGGGGCGAUUAGUUUGAGUGUUGUUACGCCCGAGAGGGUGAGGGCGCUGCAGGAGAAUGGGAGGGUGUUUUGA